AUGAGGUCCGAAAACGGCUCGCCAGUGCUUGCACGUAUCCUGAUUAGGGAGUUCGCUUACCAGGUCAAGGGCUCCCGGGGCCUUGAGUAUGGCUCGCAAUACCGGCACAGAGUCACAAUUGCAACACAGGACAAGGCCGGCCGUAGCAGCAGCGCAGCCGAACAUUGCAAGACUCCCAUGGAACCGAAGCUGCAGCAGGAGUCAGUCCCCGGCUACGCUUCGGGGCUCAAAAUGACGGCUCAUCCUGACCGGGCACGGGAACUCCGCUGUGCCCUCCGUCGGGCUAUUUGCCCAACUAGCGCAGCCAGAGCCCAGCAUCGCUCCGUGUCUGGCGCCAAGCGGAUGGCCCUCAAGACCAAUCCGAUACUUGAAGAUGAUGUUGGUGUCGGGAGCCCGGCCUCCUCUGCACGUCAGGGUCGCAUGGCACACAACACUGCAAUGCGGCUUCCUUGA